CCAGCAGUCACGAGUCGAGGGUCAAGAAUCCUCCUUUGCCCAUCCUCCAUCUCUGUCCCUCCAAGCUCACCACACGUUCUCCACCUUGUUCCACUCCGCUUCCUCUUCGACUCGAGUCGGCUUCCGCACCGGCCCACGCCAUGUCGCGAUUUGUUCGCCCUUCCAAGUACCGGCACGUGUACGGCAACGCUGCCAAAAAGGAGGAAUGGUACGACAACAUCAAGGUCUCCAACAAUGCGUGGGAUACAAACCUGAUUGCGAGCAACGGCAAGUACAUCAGCGUCAAUUGGAACGCAUCCGGCGGAGGCGCAUUCGCUCUCGUCCCGACAUCGAGAAGAGGCAAGCUGCCAGACAUCUACCCUCUUGCCAGAGGUCACACUGCGACUGUCCUCGACACUGCAUUCAGCCCCUUCGAUGAUGACGUCUUGGCAAGCGCCAGCGACGAUGGGACCGUCGGCAUAUGGAACGUGGCCAAAGAGGACGUGUGGAGCGUGCUGGAUCUCAGCGAAAAGGAGAGGGACAAGGCAGGCGGUGUCAAGGACAUUUCGCCAGUCUCAAAGAUUCAGGCGGGUGGCAGAAAAGUCGGACAAGUGCUCUUUCACCCUACGGCUUCCAAUGUCCUCGCAGCAGCUACAAACGACAGCAUCAAGCUCUUUGACCUCGCUUCAUCGACUCAGGCCAGCAAGAUUGAGCUGACCGGCUUCACUGACAGCAUACAAUCUCUCGACUUUAAUUGGUCAGGCAACACGCUCGUUGCUACCUGCAGGGAUCGCAAGAUUCGAACUUUUGACCCGCGAGUGGGCAGCAAAGCCGUUCAGGAAGCAGAGAGUCAUGGCGGCAUCAAGGGCGCAAGGGUGGUCUGGUGCGGCGCGCUCGAUAGGUUCAUCACUACCGGCUUCAGCAAAAUGUCCGAUCGUCAAUUGUUCUUGUGGGACUCCGGAAAUGUCACCAAGCCUCUGAAAACGGUCCUGUUGGACAGCAGCAACGGUGUCAUCAUGCCAUUCUGGUCGGACAACAACAUCUGCUUCUUGGCUGGCAAGGGAGACGGAAACAUCCGAUAUUAUGAGUUGGAGAAUGAUGAGCUGCACUAUCUGACCGAGUACAAAUCGACAGAUCCUCAAAGAGGCAUGAGCUUCAUCCCGAGAAGGUCUUUGAACGUGGAUGAGAAUGAAAUUGCAAGGGCGUACAAAGUCACAGGCAAUGCAGUGCAACCAAUCUCCUUUGUCGUGCCACGCAGGGCCGAAACUUUCCAAAGCGACAUUUUCCCUCCAGCGCCAUCAUCUGUGCCGGCGCUCUCCUCACAGGAAUUCUUUGCAGGCAAGACUGCGAAUCCCAACCUGAUCAGCCUCGAGGAUGGAAGCGGCGUCAAAGGCGACGCGAUUGUCGCGCAUGCUCCAGCUGCCAUACCCGUAUCUCCUGCGGCGCCUACCCCAGCUGCGCCUGGACCCGUCGCUCCUCCUACGCCUGCCGCUGCCCAAGCGCCUGCCCCAGCGCCUGUAGCAAUACCUUCGCCGGCGAUUCCAAUCAAGACGGAGGCAAGCCCCCUUUCACCUUCGGCGGAUCUUGGAAAAAGCAGAUUCCGGAGCAGGGAGAACGGAGCGGGUCCUGCGCAGGCUGGAGAGCGCACUGCAGAGCUGGUGGAAGAGAAUGAGAAGCUGCGUGCCCAGGUGCAGCAGCAACUGACGAUGAUCAGAGAGCUGGAAGUCGAGAAUGAGAGACUGCGAACCAAUCAGCAGCGCGUCAGAGAGGCACUUUUGCAAUAAGACAGUGCACAGGACGUGGAGGCAGUCUUUGACCCUCGCCUCCCUGAAGUUGGCGAGAUUUGGACUCUGCGGCGGGCGCGCCUUGGUCUUGCCCGUGUUUGUCGGAAAGUCACUCCUGCAGAGUCUCGAAUGUAUAGAAUUGAACCGCUUUCAAGUCUGGUGGUACGAUGCUAAAGAUUUGUACCUCUGCUGCAUCGCCCGCCCGUCGCUGUGCUCUGACUCGAUGAGCCGCUUUUUGUGUAGUAGAGUUGCGCUCUGUCAAUUCCAUCCCA